AUAAAUUUCCUAGUGCGCCAACCUAAAAUUAGAAAGAACAUUUUAGAAUAAUCGUGAACGGGCUAAAUAGAAUAUAAGAGGUGUGCAGAUCGACUCCCAAAAGUUAAUUAUAAACUGACAAAACAGUAACAGUAAUCAGUCGAGGUGAUAUUCAAGUGUUGCUAGACUACUGUCGUUUUUAAGUAACAUGCCCGACAAAAAUAAGGAAAGAUUUUCUGUUGAGACCAAUGAUCAAGUGGGUAGAUACGUUGUUGCCAGUGAAGAUUUAAAACCCGGUGAUAUUAUAUUCUCCGAAAUACCGUUUGCGUAUGGUCCCAAGUCAGAUACAGCAUGUGUUUGUUUGGGAUGUUGUUCGGCUGUAGAUUGUAGUGUACUGUGUACGAAAUGUAGCUGGCCAGUUUGUGGACAAGACUGCGAAAAUUUAUCGGUGCAUCGUGAUGGUGAAUGUGAUGUUUUCACAAAAGCCGGCGUCAAAUUUCAACCAGUGGCAGAUCCGACAGAAAUAUGUUUGCAAUACGAAUGUAUAGUACCUUUAAGAGUAUUACUGGCUAAGGAGAAGGAUCCAAAACGAUGGAAGGAAGAGGUAGAAAUGAUGGAGGCACAUAAUGAUAUCAGAAAGGAAAAACCUAUUUGGAACUUUAAUGAUGUGAACAUUGUACAAUAUUUGAGAGGUCCAUGUAAACUUGACAGAUUUUCUGAAGAUCUGAUACAUACAGUUUGUGGGAUCAUCGAAGUCAACGCUUUCGAAGCAAGGACUCCAGUUGGAUCACCAAUAAGAUGUCUCUAUCCAAAAUUGGCUAUCAUGUCCCACAACUGCGUUUCCAAUAUACAUCAUGCCAUCGAUUGUUGCGGAAAAUAUGACGAAAACGAUUUUAGAGUCACAGUGAGGGCAGCAACAGAUGUGCCAAAAGGAGGCGAGCUUUAUAGCAGUUAUACAUAUUCAUUGUGGCCCACAUUGGUACGCAGGGUUUAUUUGAAGGAAAGCAAAUUUUUCGAUUGCACCUGUUCGAGAUGUUCGGAUAAAACUGAACUUGGAACGCACUGCGGUACACUUAAAUGCAACAAAUGUGAUAACGGUGUAAUAGUGUCUUCAGAACCUUUAGAAUAUGCGGCAGAAUGGAAAUGUACCCACUGCGAGUUCAAAACAAGUCCGCUUGCUGUAAAGAAAGUUUAUGACGCGAUUCAGGCAGAUAUUGAUGCGGUUGAACACUUGGCUGGAGCUGAAGGUAUAGAAGCGAGGGAAUCACUUUACAGGAAGUAUCGGUCGGUGUUGCAUCCCAAAAGCUCCUACAUGACAAUGUUAAGAUAUUCUCUCAUUCAACUUUAUGGCAACUCUGAAGGUUACACCAUAGACGACUUACCUGAUAUUCUGCUGGAACGAAAAAUCGAACUUGCUCAACUACUUUUGGAAGUCUUAGAUGUGAUAGAACCUGGCCACUCGAGAAUAAGAGGAAUAACAUUUUACGAAUUACACUCUCCAAUGUUAAUUUUGGCCCGACAUCAAUACCAAAACGAGGUCAUCGAUAAAGAAACCUUGAGAACUAAAAUGAAGGAAGCCAUGGAUAUUUUGGGAAAGGCCGCGGAAAUUUUGAAAAACGAACCGCUCGGCAUGCCUGAGGGUCAAAUAGGAAGGAUCGCACAAAUGGCACAUCAACAAUUGACUGACAAUUUCGAACUUAUGGUGGAAAAUGCUUAACGUUGGAAUGAUUUAGAGUAAUUCAGUUAUCAGUAUUAAUACUAGAAACUGUUCAUUUUAUUUAAUACAUUACUAAAUUAAUAAAAUAUUAAGUAAUUG